AUGGUGAAUAGAAUAUCGGUUAGAUCAGUGACUCCGUUGCUGGAAGAAUUGGGAAAAAAGGGGAAUAAAGUGAGUCCCUCGGACUUGAGAGACCUCAUCAAGAAUCUACGCGAAUCAAAUCAGUUCUCCAAAGCACUUGAAGUAUCAUCAUGGAUGGGCGAAAAUAAGGUGUUUCAUCUCUUUUCAGAAGAUUAUGCAGCUAGGCUUCAUCUGAUUGACAAAGUGUUGGGUUUGGAGGAAGCAGACAAGUUUUUCGAAAGCAGCAUCCCGGAGAAUAUGAAGGAUUACUCUGUCUACGCUACACUAUUAAACUUGUACACAAGAUCUGAAAGAAAUCUAGUUAAAGCGGAAUAA